AUGUCAUAUUCAAAACCACAAAUCCAAGAGACUGAAGACUCGGCCCACAGUAUAGAAAAGCCAUUUCUGGGUUCCUCCAACCAAGAACCAGAUUUCUCUGCAAUUGAAGAAGAGCUCCCUGAGAUCAACAACUGGCUUGCUAAGGUCAGAUAUGAGUACAGAGACUACUUAGCUGAGUUCAUUGGAACCCUAGUGUUGGUUGGAUUCGGUGACGGUGUUGUUGCUCAGAAAGUCACAUCUGGUGGCACUGCUGGUAACUAUACGACUAUCGUUCUUUCAUGGGGUAUUGCAGUCACCUUCGGUUUUAUGGCAUCUGGAGGUGUCUCCGGAGGUCACUUGAACCCUGCUGUCACUCUUUGCGCUGCCAUUUUUAGGGGAUUCCCCUGGAGGAAAGUCCCCGGUUACAUGUUCUCUCAGAUGCUAGGAGGUUUCAUGGGUGCUUUCGUCGUUUACGGUACUUACAUUCAAGCUAUCGCUCAUUUCGAAGGGGGAACCCAAAGAACUGUUUUCGGAGAGAAUGCCACAGCAGGAAUCUUCUGUACAUAUGCGCAACCAUACCUGCACACCAAACAUCAAGUUGUUUCUGAACUUGUGGCUUCUGCGUUCCUGCAGUUUGGAAUCUUUUCUUUAACAGAUACCUCUAAUGUGUCAUCGUCACCAUUUUGGUUCCCAUUUGGUUUAUUUUUACUGAUUGUCGGAAUUGGUUCAUCUUUCGGAUACCAGACGGGUUAUGCCAUCAACGCAGCAAGAGAUCUUGCCCCUCGUAUUGCAUCCAGAGCCCUAGGUUACGGUCCAGAGACAUUUACUGCAUAUCACAACUACGCUUGGGUCCCUGCUGUUAUUCCCUUCAUCGGCUGUAUUUUGGGAGGGUUCCUUUACGACUUGUUCGUCUUUACUGGAUCAGUUUCCCCUCUUAAUAAGCCUUAUUUCGGUUUCGGCAAGUUUUUCAACAAGAAGUCCAAGGCUCCAACUAUUGCCUAG